AUGCGAAAGUUGGAAUGGGACGACAUGGGAGUGAAGAUCGAUGGUCGGCAGCUACACCAUUUGCGCUUUGCUGAUGACAUCGUACUGAUAACACCUAGCAUCAGCCAAGCGGAACGAAUGCUGACCGAAUUCGCCGAAACAUGUGGAUGCAUCGGUCUUGAGCUGAAUCUUCAAAAGACGAUGUUCAUGCGGAACGGAUGGAUCUCGGAUGCCCCAUUCACGCUCAACGGAACGAACAUAUCCGAAUGCACCAGCUACGUCUAUCUGGGUCGGGAAUUGAACAUGAUGAACGACCUGGCCCCCGAGCUGGGCAGGAGGAGAAGAGCGGCUUGGGGAGCGUACAAGAGCAUCGAGGACGUAGUGAAGAAGACCAAGAACACCCGGCUCCGUGCUCACCUCUUCAACACCACCGUACUUCCUGCUUUGACCUAUGCCUCAGAAACCUGGGCACUUCGCAAGCAGGAAGAAAACGCGGUGAGCGUCAUUGAACGCGCAAUUGAGAGAGUGAUGCUAGGAGUAUCCCGUUUCAAGCAAGUGAGAGACGGGAUUCGAAGUUCUCUCCUACGUCAGCGAUCGAAGAUCAGAGACGCCGCCGCGUUUGCCAAGGAAAGUAAAAUAAGGUGGGCCGGACACGUGAUGCGCUUUAACGACAACCGUUGGACCAGAGCCGUGAGCGACUGGAUUCCCCGCGAUAUUAAGCGCAAUACAGGAAGACCGCCGACCCGAUGGUCAGAUUUCUUCACGAAGUCCUUCAAAGAAAAUUACGAUGCUCUUCGUGUCCCACGCGAAAGGAGGAACCACUGGGCUACUCUGGCACGCGACCGGGACAAAUGGAAGAAUUACUGGCGCCCGCUCGACCGGUUCGAAGACCAACGGGAGUCAAGGUGA